CAACCGGUCGCGAUAACGGGGAGUUUUCACGCACAUAUUUGAACAAGUCCUCCCCCUCUGAUAAACAUUGAAGAAAACCUGUGGACAGUGCACUACAAACUACGAGAAAACAGCUAAAAUUAUUAACAAUUGUCUGGAAAUAGAAGGCGCGGCUGAAAACAACUCCGACUUCGACUCCGUUUGAUAGAGCUCCUUAAAAUGACCUGGGGAUUUGUGACCUGUGGCCCCAACGAGGCUUUGGUUGUUUCGGGAUGCUGCUACAUGAAGCCGCUCCUGGUGCCCGGCGGCCGUGCCUUUGUCUGGCCCUCCAUCCAGCAGGUGCAACGAAUCUCACUCAACACGAUGACGCUCCAGGUGGAGAGUCCCUGCGUGUACACUAGCCAGGGUGUGCCCAUUUCGGUGACGGGCAUUGCCCAGGUGAAGGUGCAGGGCCAGAACGAGGACAUGCUGCUGACUGCCUGCGAGCAGUUUCUGGGCAAGACAGAGGCGGAGAUCAACCACAUUGCCCUGGUCACACUGGAGGGACACCAGCGGGCCAUCAUGGGCUCCAUGACGGUGGAGGAAAUCUACAAGGACCGCAAGAAGUUCAGCAAGCAGGUGUUCGAGGUGGCUUCUAGCGAUUUGGCCAAUAUGGGCAUCACCGUCGUCUCUUACACCAUCAAAGAUCUGCGCGACGAAGAGGGCGACUCAAAGGGCUAUUUGCGCUCUUUGGGCAUGGCUCGCACGGCCGAAGUUAAGCGAGAUGCUCGAAUUGGCGAGGCUGAGGCACGGGCCGAGGCCCACAUCAAGGAGGCCAUUGCCGAGGAGCAGCGGAUGGCUGCUCGCUUCCUUAACGACACGGACAUCGCCAAGGCCCAGCGCGACUUUGAGCUGAAGAAGGCCGCCUACGACGUGGAGGUGCAGACCAAAAAGGCCGAAGCCGAGAUGGCAUACGAGCUGCAGGCAGCCAAGACCAAGCAGCGCAUCAAGGAGGAGCAGAUGCAGGUCAAGGUGAUCGAGCGCACACAGGAGAUUGCAGUGCAAGAGCAGGAGAUACUGCGUCGCGAGAGGGAGCUUGAGGCCACCAUUCGCCGCCCGGCCGAAGCCGAGAAGUUCCGCAUGGAGAAGUUGGCCGAAGCCAACAAGCAGCGUGUCGUGAUGGAAGCCGAAGCCGAGGCAGAAUCGAUCAAAAUCCGUGGGGAGGCAGAGGCAUUCGCCAUUGCAGCCAAGGCAAAGGCCGAGGCCGAGCAGAUGGCCCAAAAGGCCGAGGCCUACCGCGAGUACCGCGAGGCGGCCAUGGUGGAGAUGCUCUUGGACACACUGCCAAAGGUGGCCGCCGAGGUGGCUGCCCCGCUCUCGCAGGCCAAGAAGAUCACGAUGAUUUCGAGCGGCCAGGGCGACAUCGGUGCCGCUAAGCUGACCGGCGAGAUCUUGCAGAUUGUUAACAAAGUGCCAGAGCUGGUUAAGAGCAUGACCGGCGUGGAUAUAUCUAGGUCCGUGCAUGCUGGCUAAGUAUCCAAAUCAAAACCAAAAAGAUAUCCAAAUUACACAAUUCUGUACUCUCCAAACAAUUACUGCAAACCAUUAACGAUCGAAUACGUCGAACCAAUGAUUGAAUAUAUAAAUGCAUUUGAAGUUUGUUUAUAAA